AUUGAAUUCUAGCCGUGACGUCUUGGACCAGCUUUGACCUAGCGCCAUCAUCCAGACUUUCCUUAUCACAAUCAUCGACGUACAAUAUGGUUGCAUCUCGUCGCGGGAGCGGCAGCAUAACGCUGCCCACUGGCCAAACAAUGGCCAUUCACACCAGAACACAUGAGGAGGAGGACCUCCCUCAUGCCACCAAGAAGACGAUGGCAGAUCAUUUGCGUAAAUAUGAGAGCUUAUUUACCUUAACGCCUCAGAGAAUGCGAAUGAUUGUCGAAGCAUUCAAGGACAGCUUAGAACUUGGCUUACAAAAACCAAAACAGGUUGUGCCCAUGAUUCCGACGUUCGUAUUCGGCUGGCCCACUGGUCAAGAAUCCGGUGAUUUUCUCGCAUUGGAUCUCGGUGGCACCAAUCUCCGAGUUUGUCUCGUCACCCUCCAAGGGGAAGGGAAAUUUGAAAUGACCCAAACCAAGUACCGACUUACCGAAGAGCAGAAGCAAGAUGAAGGCACCAAGCUUUUCGAUUUCUGUGCGGAGUGUCUCAAAACAUUCAUUGACACAAACUUCACGGAUGAAGAUGGGAAUUCACUCCUAAAGCCCGGCGAGUUAUUGCCGCUCGGAUUCACAUUUUCCUAUCCCUGUUAUCAAACGCGAAUUGACCACGGUGAACUAAUUCGUUGGACCAAAGGAUUCGGCGUAAAGAACACAGAAGGUCGGGACGUUGCGGAGAUGUUCCGUCAGUCGAUCGAGAAAUAUGAACUUCCGGUUCAAAUGACUGCACUCAUCAACGACACUACCGGAACUCUCAUCGCGUCCCACUACGUGAACCCCAAAACCAAGAUUGCCGUUAUCUUUGGCACUGGGUGUAAUGCAGCGUACAUGGAAGACGUCAAAAACAUCGAGAAGAUAAAUGACCUCGGUAUCAGCGAGAAAGAUCAAAUGGCGAUCAAUUGCGAAUGGGGUGCAUUCGACUCGUUCGAGCAUGAACAUCUUCCAAGAACAAAAUACGAUACCAUUGUCGAUGAAACAUCAAAUAAGCCAGGCGAACAGGCAUUCGAGAAAUUGAUAUCUGGACGAUAUCUCGGAGAAAUUCUUCGCCUGGUGAUUUGUGAGCUGAUUGAUGAAGGUGUUCUCUUUCUUGGGCAGGAGACUUACAAACUCGAGACGCCAUAUGUCUUUGAGACCGCUUUUUUGUCACUAAUGGAAAGUGACCCAACAGAUGAAUUAUUAAUGAUUAUUGGCAUUUUCACGCACUUCUUUGCUGUUGAGACCACACUUGCAGAACGACAAUUCUUCCGUGCUUUGGCAAUGCUCAUUGGAAGAAGAGCUGCCCGUUUGAGUGCCUGCGGUAUCGCGGCAAUUGUUGGAAAAAUGGGCUAUCUUGACGAAGGCUGCCUGGUUGGUGCUGAUGGGUCGCUGUAUAACAAAUAUCCAGGAUUUGCCGAUCGAGUACACGAAGGUCUCAUCGAUGUUUUCGGAGAAAAGGGGAAUAACAUAAAAACCGUUCAUGCUGAGGAUGGAAGUGGUGUCGGAAGCGCCAUCAUCGCAGCUAUGACUAAGGUCAGGAGAGAUGCGGGCCUCUAUCCAAAUGUAUAAAAAUGGCUAUGCCGCUUCAGAAUCGUUUUGUUGUGCUGGAAAGGAUAUCCUCUUAUUUCAUUUUUGUAUACAAGCUACAAGCUAUGUACGUAGUCACUUCGAACUAUUUGUGAGAGAACGCUACAUGUGACCGUUCCGAGUCUAUGAUUUCAUCGCGCUGUCUCUUUGAUCCUAGUGCUACCUGCCCUUUAUAGGCCGCCUCAUCACUGGAUAACGAGUC